AUAGCAGAGUAUAUAAGGCUGCCUCUUGAAAUAAUCUUGAAGUACGCAACUACGCGAAACAUAGAAGAGACGCACAAUCAAAUUUGUGAAAAUGAUACAGCCGAAAGGAUACGUUUCUUCUAACAAGUUACAAAAAUGCAACGUAUUAAAUUUAAUAGAUGAGUUUGAACAAGAAUUAACACAAAUGUCUGGAAAAUGUAUGGACGUCGGUUGUGGUCCCGGAGAUAUAACGAAAUAUAUCCUUUUGCCAGCUUUAAAUCCAAAUGCGGUAAUAAUAAGUACCGAUAUUUCGGAAGGUGCUAUCGAAUUUGCGAAGAAAACAUACAGUAACGAAAGACUCAGAUUUGAAGUAUUAGAUAUCCAAACUAGAAGUUUGCCUGAAAAAUAUAUUUCUGGAUUUGAUUAUAUAUUUUCCUUUCACGCUUUAAAUUGGUGUUAUGACAUUCGGUAAGUCAAAAUUCUU